AUGACGAUGUUAAUAGUUAAAGCGAAAUGCAGUGUACAGUCGAAGUCGCCCCUGAAAUUAUCAUACAUGGAAGGUGACAGUAUAAAAGUGAUAGAUCGCAUGUCCAAUGGUAUUUGGAAGGGACAAAUUCAAGACCAAAGUGGGUUGUUUCAUGUAUCUACAGUAGAUGUUCCCAUAAUAGAAAAAGUAGUUAUGAACUAUGAUUUCUUAACUGGAGAUUCCACGUGUAUGAAAGCCAAAGCUGGCGAAGUGUUAACUGUGAUAGAAAAGAGUGUUCGUAUUGGGUGGUUAUAUUGCCUACGUGGGUAUGAGACAGGAUACAUCCCACAAAAUUUCACAUCGACAGUUAAAGAAGACCCAUCAUCGGAAGCGUCAACAACUCAACCACAAAAACCACAGAACUUGCCGUGUUUAGUAUCAGUGAAGUACAUAUACCAACCAAAAAGUACUAAAGAAUUAUCAUUAGUCCCUGGAGAUGAAGUCGAAGUCAUUUCUUGUGAGAAUCAGUGGUGGUAUGGGCGUAAAGGGAAUUCAUUUGGGUACUUCCCUGGAGAGUAUUGUCAAGUCAUAGGAGGAAUUAACAAAGAGGUCAAAAGUGAAGGAAUUGUUUUGUUUGACUAUGUUGGAAAAAAUCCGCACGAAUUAACUGCUGAGGUUGGAGACAUUUUCUAUGUCGAAAGAUUUGUGGGGAGUUGGGCUCUUGUGUAUGUGAAUGAAGAGAAGUACGUCUUCCCGUCGAACUUCUUGUCUUUGUUGACCGAGUCCGACAAAAAGAUUAAACAAGAGACUGCUGUCACGUUGGACGACUUCUGUGGAGGGUCCUUAGGACUUUUAGCUGUUCGACAGAGUGAACUUCUUGUAGUCUUGUCGAAUGAAGCGAAUGGGAUGUCGAAAUGUUUUAAAGGCGAACAAACGGGGUUAGUUCCCACUUCCAAUUUAAUGACCAUUAAAGAUGGCCAAGACUAUUUGAUAGUCGAAAGAACGUUUCAAGCGAGAAAUCAGAAUGAAAUGACUAUUAUAGCCAAUCAAGCGUGGAUUGUGAUGAAAAUAGUCGAUGAAAAUUGGAUCAUUGGAAAGCGGUCGGGGGUCGAAGGCUUUGUCCCCCGUAGUUUUGUGAAGAUCCAAAAGUUUGUGAAACCAUAUAGAAAGGAAUACACCGAGGGCAUCGCACAUAUUAAAACACAAACCCUUGCGAGGAAGAACGGAAAUACACAGGCGCCAGUGGAACAGAAAAAUUUCUUCAAAAAAGAGGAAAGAGUCCAGAAAAAGGGAUUCUUCACACAACGAAAGAGAAAAGGAAAGCCCGAGGUCGAAAUCACUAAAGAAGUCUAUGAAGAGAAGAAACAAGUCAUUUUGAGGGAGUCAAUGACGCCGAAGAAAUCGUUCAAAAGUGCGGCGGCUAAAGCAGUUAAAGCUGUUGAGGAGAAAAGUAAAGAAGACGAAGUGUCGAAACAACAAACUCAAAUGCAACAAGAAGAGAAAGUGGUUACACCAACUAUCUCUUCUGGCGAAGACAAAAUUCAAGAAGAAAUGAAAGAGGAAGUAAAGCCAACACCACAAGAUAUACAAAAAGUUGAACAACAUAUUGAAGAGACACCUCAAGAAGAAAAGCAUGGGGAAGUCGGUGUUAUUGCUCAAGAGGAAGUGAAAACUCAAGAGGAACCAAAAGAAGAAAUUAAAAAAGAAGUUGUGGAGGAAGUGAAAGCUGAAGAGUCAUCUGUUGUUCAACAAAAAGGUGAACAACUCAUUGAAGAGACACUUCAAGAAGAAAAAGAAGAGGAAGUCGCUGCUUUACAGGAAGAAGUGAAAAUUGAGACUCAAGAAGAACAAAAAGAAGAAAUUAAAGAAGAACAACAGACAGUUGCACUCGAACAAACACAACAAAUUGAACAAGAACAAAAGAAAACAGAAGAAGUUGUUGAAGAAGUUCUACACGAUGAACCACAAAACGAAGUCCACAAAGAAAUACAAAAAGAGGAAGAAGUCAAAAAAGAAGAACUACAAGAAGAACUCCCCGUUGAAGAACACAUCGAAGAACAAAAACAAGAAGAGGUGAUUCAACCAAAUGCAGAACAACCACUUGAAGAAGUGGAACAAGUUGAAGUUAAACCAGAAGUUUCAACACAGCAAGAAGAGCCACAAAAGGUCGAAGAACAUCAUGAAAUUGAAGAACCAAUGGUUGUCGAACAACUGAGUUCCCCACAAAGUACUGAACCAAUAGUUAAAAUAGAAGAGAAAGCGGAGGAAAAGUCCGAAGAUAAAAUUUCUGAAGCAUCACAAGAGGAAGAAGAGAAUCUAACACAACGCAAAGACUCGAUUAACGUCUUGAAAUGGUGUCCAAUAGAACCACACCAGAACCAAGAAGCAGGGAUGCAGACUAUUAAUGAAACAUAUGAAGAAGACUAUAUCGACGAAGAGAAGGAGAAGAUGGCCGAAGAGCUUGAGAUGACCAAACUUGAGUUGGACAAGACAAAGCGGGAGAGAGACUUUUUGCAGCGAACCAUUGACGACGACAAAAAGGAAGUCGACGAAAUUAGACAACAACACGAGAAGGACAUCACACUUGUCGCGUCACUCCAACAAACAAUUCAACAACAACAGAACCAAAUUGCAGAACUGCAAAGAAAGAAACAAGUCGAAGUGAAAGAGUCUGAAAAGGAUAAGGUCCCACCAGCACUGGAGGAAGACGAGGUCAUCACUACACUCAAAAUCCGAGUCGAAGAACUCGAGAAGCGUGUCGCAGAAGAGAAAAAGGCGAGAAUUGAAGGCGCCGAAGUCAUCAAGAUGAUGCAAGCGGCUCAAUGUGAAGGAGUCAGUCAAGUUGAAAUUGACGACUUUAAGAAAGAUGUCGAGGAACGUGUCGCUGGGUUACAGAGUCGAAUCAAGAUUUUGGCGGCUGAAAACGAAAAAUUGAGAAAGGACUCUUCUGGCAAGCGACUGUUAACAAUCAAAAAAGAGGCUACCGACAAACUGACUGGGUAUAAAGAUGAACUCACGGUCAUGAAGAGAAGACUUAAUAUGGUCAUCCAGUCCAUGGGCACUAAAUGA